UUCGUGCGUGCUGGUUGCUUUGACAUUCCUUCCCUUCUAUGCUGCUCCCUCCACGAACAUUUGUUGUGAAGCUGUGACCAAUUUGCCACUGUGUCAGAUUCGCCCACUGUUCCCUUUGUGACUCCGACCUGCAUCGAUGGAUGCACUGGCCGAUAUUGCUCGCGUGCGAGCCACACCAGUGGAAAAUAUCCGCUCCUGCGCUCCCUGCGUCAGCAGCAGCCGAACCACCGUCGGAUCCGGUCCUCAAUCCUUUACUCCGUUCCGCAUCCCCGGCGGUAAUUCCCUCGUGCCCUCGUCACGCCGUUUCUGCUCGCCUUCAAGCUCGCAUGCACGAUCUUUCUCGUCGUCGCGUCCUGAUCGCCGGCACCCUCUCUGCGACCGGCGAUCGUCGCUUUUCGGCGAGCAACUGCCGUGCGACGGAAGUCGCACAUUGACUUCCAUGCGAAUGCGAUCAAGGAAGAGCAGCCGUGGAGCGGAACGGGAAGGAAUGGAGGGGGGAGAGCUGACACGUGGCACGCCCUCGUUGGUUUGCUCGUCGAAGGUGGAUGACGUGCCGCACCUAUCCGAGUGGAUUCCUGACAUGGAGACGUACAGCAACCCACUCAUACUCAACCCAGCUUAUGCCUACGUUGACCAGUAUUUCGUGGAGCCCAGUGACAUGGUGUCCCAGCAGGUGGCGGCCCGUUUAUCCGAGCUGGACAGCAUCACCUACUUCCGCCGGGCCGGGCCCAGGGAGAGGGUGGUGUUCCACCCGCGGGAGGUGCGGGCGGCCAUAGUGACAUGCGGGGGCCUGUGUCCGGGGCUCAACACCGUCAUCCGCGAGAUCGUGUGGGGCCUCUGGUUCCAAUACGGCGCCCGGCACAUCCUGGGCAUUGACGGAGGGUACCGGGGCUUCUACUCGCGCAAUCUGAUGGAGCUCAACCCGUGGACCAUCAACGACAUCCACAAGCGCGGCGGGACCUUCCUGGGCACCUCUCGGGGCGGGCAUGACACCACCAGGAUUGUCAACUCCAUUGAGGAUAGAGGCAUCAACCAGGUGUUCAUCAUAGGAGGCGAUGGCACACAGAGGGGGGCGGAACUCAUAUACGAGGAGACGAGGAGGAGGGGCUUGAAGGUGGCGGUGGCAGGCAUUCCCAAGACCAUCGACAACGACAUUGCUGUGAUCGACCGGUCGUUUGGCUUUGACACGGCGGUGGAGGAGGCGCAGAGGGCCAUCAACGCGGCGCACGUGGAGGCGGAGAGCACACGCAACGGCGUGGGGCUGGUGAAGCUCAUGGGGCGGUACUGCGGGCAGAUCGCCAUGCACGCCACUCUCGCCAGCCGCGACGUGGACUGCUGCCUGAUUCCGGAAGUGCCGUUCCACCUGGAGGGCGCGGGCGGGCUGUUUGACUUCAUUGACCGGCGGCUGUACGAGAGCGAGCACUGCGUGCUGGUGGUGGCGGAGGGCGCGGGGCAGGAGCUGAUGGCGCGGUACAGCAGCGCGGGGGACGGGGGGGGGGGAUGGGCAGCGAUGCGUCGGGGAAUGCGAAGCUGAUGGACGUUGGGCUGUGGCUGUCGGGGCAGAUCAAGAGCCACUUUGCAAAGAAGCGCAAGGAGAUACAGCUCAAGUAUAUUGACCCCACGUACAUGAUCCGAGCCAUCCCAGCGAACGCCAGCGACAACAUCUACUGCACGCUGCUAGCCCAUGGUGCGGUGCACGGGGUGAUGGCGGGAUUCACUGGCUUCAUCGUGGGGCCCGUCAACAACCGCCACUGCUACAUCCCCGUCAAUAAGGUGACCCAGAAGCCCAACAGCAUCUCCCUCACGGACCGCAUGUGGGCGCGCCUCCUCGCGUCCACCUCGCAGCCGUCCUUCCUGCGCAUCACCUCUGACGCCGCCGCCACCACCCCCAGCCAUCCAUCCCUCACCCCCCCCCCUCCUUGUCUGCUGCUGCUGCUGCUGCUGCUGCUGCUGGGGCUUGGACCCAGGAGCUGGAAGGUGGUUUGAUCGAGGGGGAGUAUGGGACGAAUGUGUUGGGUGAUGUGGGACCUGCGGCAGAUUAUGCUAAGGAUGAAAGGGAGGAUAGUGGGGUGGUGAAUAGUGUGCUGGAGGAGCUGGGGGAGGACAUGGGGAUUGAUGAGCUGGAGUCUGUGAUGGGGGAUGGAGUAAAUGAGUAUGCUGCUUCUCAUGCCGCUGCAUUUGAGACUGACGAUGAGGCGGCAAAGAAGGCUGGGGAUUAGGUGGAGGGCGGUGUGCAGAAAUAAAGGCAUAGGCGGAGGAGAUUCCAGUGGUAUGGGACUGUAAUUGUGGUAUUUAUUAUAGGAAUCGGCUAGGGAAUAUUUGAUGGUGUUUAUCUACUGUACUCCAUUUUAC